AUGUCUUCCGAUACGGAGGUUCUCAUCAUAGGUGCGGGCAUGAGCGGCCUGGGCCUCGCUGUCCAAAUCAUUCGCAAGUACGGUCUUCGUAACUUUGAGCUCAUUGAGAAGAGUGACGAUGUCGGUGGCACUUGGUUGGCAAACACAUAUCCAGGCUGUGGAUGCGAUGUUGCCUCACACUUCUACUCCUACAGCUUCGCGCUGAACCCAGAUUGGUCGAGAAAAUACUCCAUGCGUCCUGAGAUUCAGGCCUACUUCCGCUCUGUGGCCGAGCAGUACAAGAUCGUGGAUCACGUCCGCUUCCAUUCCAUAGUGGAAAAAGCAGCUUGGAACGAUCUCGACAACGUCUGGGAGGUAUCUAUCUUGAACCUUCAAACCAAAGAACGGACCACACGUCGAGCGAAGGUACUUGUCUCGGGUGUGGGCUCACUCUCCGUACCAAAGAAGUGCGAUCUGCCCGGAGUAGAUACGUACCAGGGCAAACUGUUCCAUUCUGCGCAAUGGGACCACAGUUUCGACUGGAAGGACAAAGACGUCGUCGUACUUGGAAACGGCUGUUCAGCAACUCAAUUCGUCCCUAUAAUGGCGAACGAGCCCAACCCCGUGCGCAAACUCACACAAUUCGGACGACAAGCGCAAUACCUUGCAGAACGCCAGAACCUCUACUAUUCAAAUACAUUCAAAACCGUAAUGCGCUACGUACCACUAGCAAUGCGCCUCUACCGUGCGAAAUUCUACUACGACAUGGAGCGCGACUGGAGUGGUUUCGACAUUGAGACCGGGCGCAGCAUCCGCCAAAAUCUGGCCAAGGAGAAUGAAGCGUACGUAAAGAGCAUGGCGCCGCCGAAGUAUUGGAGCGCGCUCAUUCCAAAGACCGAAAUCGGGUGCAAACGGAAGGUGUUGGACACAGACUAUCUGAAGACCCUAUGGAGAGAUAACAUUGAGCUGGUUGCCGACGAUCCAGUGGAAAGAAUCACCGAUGAUGGCGUGGUAACAAAGAGCGGUCGCGAGGUGAAGGCAGAUGCCAUCGUGCUUGCCACCGGCUUCGCAACACAGCAGAUGCUUUGUCCGAUGGAGAUUGCUGGGCGUGACGGACUGCGCUUGAACGAAUACUGGGAUAAAACCUCACAAGGCGUCGCGCAAGCUUACUUCGGUACGGUGGUCCCACAGUUCCCAAACUUCUUCAUCCUCAUGGGGCCCAAUACCGUCACCGGCCAUCUCAGUGUCAUCUACACUGUCGAGUGCCAGAUCAACUUCACUCUCCGGCUGCUAGAGCCCAUCUUCGAGUCACUGCCAUCAUAUCGAUCGCAAUCAUUCGUUCCUCAAAUGCUCUCACCACCACCGGCGACCGUAGAGGUCAAGCCGGAGGCUGCGGUCGCAGACUCGCAAUGGACACAAAAAGCAGCAAGCAAGUUGGUCUGGAACUCAGGCUGUGUCAAUUGGGCUGUAGAUCCGAAGACAGGUCUAAAUAAUAUGAUGUACCCUGACUGGCAAUUCCUCUAUUGGCUCAGGAGCAUCUUCUGGAAGAAGGGUGACUUUGUUUAUCGUAACGAAAAGACAGGCGAAGAAUUUCGACCGGGUACUACCAAGACUAUCCUCUGGCUGGCUACUGCAGGAGCACUUGCUAGCGGAGCCUUCUUCGGAAGGGAUUGGAUCCAAGAUGAACUGCCUCGCCGGCUAAGGAAUUUCGACGCGAGGGCAUUGGUACGGAGCCUGAAAGCCUGA